AUGCCGUUCAUAGUAGGAGGAGACUUAUUCGGUUUAAUGAGUGAACGAGGUGUACUAGACGAAUUGCAUGCUAUGUUUUAUGCGGGUCAGAUGGUCCUAGCACUUCAAUAUUUACAUUCGCUGGAUAUAAUCUAUAGGGAUUUGAAACCUGAAAAUGUGUUGAUUGCCGAUGAUGGUUUUAUAAAAUUAACAGAUCUGGGAUUGAGCAAGCGUAUAAUUUCCAAUCGAACGACCACUCUGUGUGGUACUCCGUACUAUUUGGCACCAGAAAUCAUAGCAAUUAAACCGUACGGAAAACCCGUGGACUGGUGGGCAUUAGGCAUAAUCAUGUUUGAAAUGGUUGCUGGGACAGUGCCAUUCAUGGCUGACACUGAAAAAAAACUGUUCUAUAGAAUCUUGAGCGGUAGUUACAAAAUGCCAAUCAAUUUUUCCUCAAACCUUUCACAUCUUAUCAAAAACUUACUACGAGUCGACCUAUCAAAAAGAUAUGGAAACUUAGUAAAUGGAAUUUCUGACAUCAAACAUCACCGAUGGUUUAUCAAAAUAGAUUGGAUAAUGCUCUACAAUAAGAAAUUGGUACCACCAUACAUACCAACUUUUACUAGUCCAUCAGAUACACAUAACUUCGAAUCAUUUGUCGAAGAAGCCGCCUCUAUUGCAUGUAAUGGGGUUGACCAAACUUAUUUCGCCGAUUUUUAA